GAACUGAGCGCGAGUGGGGAGCGAUGGACAGUUGCUCAGUGGCUGAUUGUGCUGACUGACGCUCCUAUCUGGGCGGCUCAGGCUCAUCCAAAUCCCAGAUUACCCCCCCCCAUCAACAUCUCCUCCUCCUCUUCCUCUUCCAGCAGUAGGAGCAGCGCUGCCUUCUUUCCCUCCCUCCUUGUGUAACUGUACAGAGCGUGGAUUAGUGAGCUGCGAGGCGAAGCGGGGGCUCCGGCCAAAAUGGUGAGGUGGUUCCACCCCAACAUCACCGGCAUCGAGGCAGAGCAGCUCCUCCUGACGCGAGGCGUCCACGGCAGUUUCUUGGCUCGACCGAGCAAAAGCAACCCAGGAGACUUCACAUUGUCUGUCAGGCGCUCUGAUGAAGUCACUCACAUUAAGAUCCAGAAUUCUGGCGAUUACUAUGACCUGUACGGAGGGGAGAAGUUCGCCACUCUGGCUGAGUUGGUGCAGUACUACAUGGAGCAGCACGACCUUCUGCGAGAAAGGAACGGAGACGUUAUCGAGCUCAAAUAUCCUCUCAACUGCAAAGACCCCACUUCUGAGAGGUGGUAUCACGGGCAUCUUUCAGGCCGAGACGCAGAGAAGCUUCUCACUGAAAAAGGCAAGCCAGGCAGCUUUCUGGUGAGAGAGAGUCAGAGCAAACCCGGAGACUUUGUGCUGUCUGUUCUCACUAACGAGGAAAAACACGAAAAUGUGGACCGCAAGACAAAGGUCACCCACGUCAUGAUACGCUACCAGGAUGUGAAGUAUGACGUGGGUGGAGGGGAGAGGUUUGACACACUAACAGACUUGGUGGAGCACUAUAAAAAGAACCCGAUGGUGGAGAAGAGUGGGAUUGUAGUGCACCUUAAGCAGCCGUUCAAUGCCACUCGGAUAAACGCGGCCAACAUUGAGAACCGGGUGCGAGAGUUAAACAAAGUUGCAGACAAUUCUGAGAAACCCAAGCAGGGCUUCUGGGAAGAAUUCGAGAUGCUACAGCAGCAGGAAUGUAAACUCCUGUACCCAAGAAAAGAAGGCCAGAGAGCUGAGAAUAAGAGCAAAAACAGAUACAAGAACAUUCUACCCUUUGACACCACCCGGGUGACGAUCAGGGAAGCGGAUCCUGACGUGUCUGGCUCUGACUACAUUAAUGCCAACUAUAUCAGAAGUGUGCAGGAAGAGGACCGUCAUGUGGAUGAAGGCAAAGUGUUCAUUGCUACUCAGGGCUGCCUUCAGAACACUGUGAUGGACUUCUGGAAAAUGGUCUAUCAGGAAAACACUCAUGUUAUUGUCAUGACGACCAAGGAGAUGGAGCGAGGCAGGAAUAAAUGUGUACGCUACUGGCCAGACACAGACACAACAAAGGAGUUUGGGAAUGUGUGUGUGAGGAACAUGGAGGAGCAGGCUGCUCAGGACUACAUCCGCAGAAAGCUGGAGGUCACACGUACAGACCGAAAGGAGGCUCCUCGGUACAUCUGGCACUAUCAGUACCUGAGCUGGCCUGACCACGGCGUUCCCAAUGAACCAGGAGGAGUCCUCAACUUUCUUGAACAGGUCAACCGAACUCAGAACAGCAUUCCAAAUACCGGACCUGUCAUAGUCCAUUGCAGCGCAGGGAUCGGAAGAACAGGCACAAUAAUUGUGAUAGACAUCCUUAUUGAUAUCAUAAAUAGACAAGGACUGGACUGUGACAUCGACAUCCCAAAGACCAUCCAGCGAGUGCGUCAGCAGCGGUCAGGCAUGGUCCAGACUGAAGCCCAAUACAAGUUCAUUUACAUGGCUGUACAGCAGCAUAUCGACACAGCCCAGAAAAGGCUGGAGGAAGAGCAGAGGAAUAAGACAAAGGAAAGAGAGUACUCCAAUAUCAAAUACUCUCAGAUGCCAAAUACUAGGGCCAUGCCCAAUAUGAGCUCCUCUCGCUCGACAUCUGUAAUGAAUGAUGAAACAUCCAGUGUAUAUGAGAACGUACACAUCAAAAACCCAAAGAGCCCCGUCUGCACAAACUCCAGGAGAUAAGACAUGGGGCUGCUGCCUCACACUCUCUAUUAGAGGUGCUAUGUGCAGGCGCUUGGCCGUGAGGUGAUUUUGGAGCUUGAGUGUAUGCCCCUGUGCUGGAGGUGUGAUUGGAGGACCCUGAGAGCUGCACAGCCCCUGCACUCCUUCCUCACUUGACUGACUUGCUGUCUAAGUGCCUGAUCCGCCACAAACAGCCAGAGCAGAGCCUCCUCAGUGCUUCUCCCUCCAGUCUGAUAAGCCGGCACAGUUCUACCUACCUAGCGCUCAGCUACUCGAUCACUUCUAAACAGACGAAGACUGUUACACAGGACUAACUCCAGGUUUUCUCCACACUCUGUAUGCCUGCUGCCAGACCUUGUGCUGUCCUAAAGACCUCUGUCGCAUUUCACCGGUAGUUAGUGCGUCGCUGUGAGAUGGACACAGUGAAACAAUUUAACUGUCGGUGGCAGAAGAUCUUACUGAGCUUGCACGCCAAAAAAACAAAAAACAGCUAGAAUUGCAACACCUUCCAGCUCUCAAGCUACAUAGAAUGCCGAGAUGUUAUUGUUAGCUAACAGCGAAAACGGGUGACUUUUUAAAGUGGUACGUUGCUGUAGAUAGAUUUCUAUGUGCCAAUAAGCAGGCUGCAUUUUAUGCUUUGGCUAAGGAGUCUGCUGUGAUGCUUUGCAAAGCUUCAUGCUGUACUGAUUAUAUAUGAGGUCACAUGCUACUUAUUAUUGGGCUCAUAGACCAAUCAGCUUCUGUGCUUCAGCUUUUUCUCUGCAGGCAUGGCCUCAGAAGUUUUUUAUAUCUGGUUUUAGUACAUUUUGGUGGUUCACUGAUUAUUUCUCCUACGCUAUAUCCAUUAUUGGUUUCUAACGACAUGUUGUGAAUGAUAUUUUUUGACGGAAUCCUUGAGCAGGGUUGAUUUAAAAAAACGUCAUUUGAUUGUUAUUCCACAUUCUCAGAGGAAGACCCUAAAAACCUUUUUGAUCGAUAUUCAGGGUUUGUGUAUUAUAAAUACGGCGAUAAACAGGCAUUCAGGGAUUGUAGUCUGUUCAGGGAUUGCACUCUGUAUUUCAUCAGCGGCAGGUCAAGGUGUGACUGGAGAUGUGUGCGAGUAAUGAUGGGGUUAUGAAAGUGGUGGUGUUCAGGCAGAGAGGACAGGUCAGCAGGCAGGUCAACUUACAGAUGUCAACAGUCUGCUGUGCAGAUUUAAGCAGUCCAGAUGGCCCGAGACUAGGAAUAGGUUUGCUUGUGAAAAAGCAAUUUGUAAAAUGCCUGUAAUCCACAUAGGAUGAUUGAAAGAAACCAGCAUGACUUGUGAUGUCAAAAGGAGUGUGAUCUUAUAGAAGUCGCAUGCUGGCAUGAGGAGGAUUAGACAUGUGCGACAGAUUCUGAACGCUUAAAAUAACUCAGGUUACGAUGGGUCGGAUUAAUCACCGUCUACAUCCAUGAAAGUGGUUUUAGAGAAGAGGAGGAAGGUGGUGUGAUGAGCGGAAGAGCUGAGACGGUGUUUUAAUCUUGAGCCACCCUGGCUGUAGUUCAAAUGAUGUAGUGCCCUCAAGAAUUAUAGGCACCAUUCAUAUAAAAGUGAUAAAAUGAAUGGUUCCCAAAAAUAGCUUACUUUUUUUUUCUUUUAUAAUGUCCUGUUUAUAAAAGUCCCUCAUUAUUCAUCAUCAUGGGAAAAAGCCAAAGAACACAAAAGAGACUUAUGGCAUAAGCAGUUAUUAAUUCCAUUAAUCACAAUCAAGGCCAAAAUAUAAAAUUUCACACAGUAUGCCAGAAAUUUUGAACCACUGUCCCUCCUGACAGCAAGGAGGAAGGUGAAUGAGUGAAAGAGGGUCCAAGUAUCUCAGUUAAGUUGGUUUGUGUGAUUUGCAAGACAUCGAAAUCAAACCAAACAGCAAGCUAUCUGGAAAAAGGCUCAACAUCAACAUAUGAGAUGUGAAAACAGCAGCACCUAAACUAUACCACGUGCCAUAAGAACUCCAGCGUGUCCUGCUCAGGUGAGACCAAAACAAACUGUUCACUCACAUCGUCAGCAUGUUUGGUGAGAAAAAACAAGGCUGCAUACAUGGAAAAGCACCUGAUCCACCACUGUGGAUUAUGGAGGUGGAUCUCUGAUGCUUUUGGGGCUUUUGUGAAGGUAAAUGGCCUCUUUCAGAAUCACAGGAUCAGCCAGGAGGUUUGACUAGGCCAGACUUGGUUGGAGCUUUUAAUCAAUUUAACCAAACAUACUUCAAAAUUGAGACACAACUGAUGAAAGAAACACAAAAUCAUCCCUAUGGUCAUUGGUCUAAAUUAAAGUGGGAAGUCAUGCACAAACCUGAGAAUGUAAAGGAGCGCUAAGAUUUUCUACAGGGACUGAGAUCUCUCUCUCUCUCUCUCUCUCUCUGUCUCAGUCAGUGUCUCCAACCUUAUCACACAUUACACGAAAAGAUUUCUGAGAAUAUAUAAAGUGUUUUGUUGAAACAAUACACUAGAUUUUAUCUUUAAAAAAUAUGUUUAAGUCAAACAAUGCCCCUGUAUGUUUGAGCACAAACUAUUGCUAGUAUUUUUUUUAUAAACGAAUGCUCAUUUUUCAAGAAGAGUGCCAGUUAUUUUGGAGGGUACUAUAUUACGCUUUUCAAUAUUUCCUUGCUGAAAAUUCACUACUGUUUUAAGCAAAAAAUAAAUAAAAAGGUGCUUCUCACUAGGGUAAGACCCUCAAGUGUAUCCGUUUGUUCCAUUUCUAAUGUAUAUUUCACAGAGGAACGUGAAACCAGGUGAUAAUCUGAAAAAAAGUGUAAAUAUGUCCGCUUAAUAAAAUGUACAGAGGUCAUACCCUUGAGGAUCUCACACGAGCGACGAGCAAGCGGUGAAGUUCAGUUCCCUCCCAUUGUCUGAGAACGUUCAUGACGGAAGCACAGGCGUAUACAAAUGAGUCUGAUGUGUGUUAAAUGAGUCUGAUGUGUGUUAAACAGCACUAUCACUGCUAUCCUUUUUAAUGACUCCUUGAUGCCAAAUAUGUCGUACCUACGCAUGCAGAGGGUUUAGCCUGUGGGGAAGAUGAAGCUACAAAUGUGCUACAAAUAACCGAACACUGAAGCUAAUGCGAGAAACGAUGUUCACGCUUAUUAGCAAGCUUGUUACCACUGUUGGAAAGAAAAGAGUUUUAUUUAUGAAUCCUCUUUUGUACUAGGACGCUCGUUUUGUCUCUUCUCGAUGUUUGUUGCGCUCACUUUUGCCACUGUGAAAAUGGCUAAGGGGUCAAAUCUUUGGUGUUGUUUUGCUGAGACUUCAAUACUUGAAACUGUGUAUGAACUGCUGAGUUCUAGCUGCCGGCAAAUGUGAGAACGUUCCAUGGAUGUUGACAUGUAGAUAACAUUCGGCUAUUUUGUUGUUUCAACAUCACCGAUGAGUAUGGAUUUCAUUUCUCAUUGAUUUAUGAUUUAGUAAUACAUGUGAAUUGAUGAGUAAUACAUGUGAUAUGAUGAAAUGUUGACUAGUUGCUUUUGUAAAUUGUUUUAGGAUUCUUUGCAAAUUGUUGUUGUUGUUAUUAUUAUUAUUAUUAUUAUUAUUAUUUGGACAGUGCAAUGUUAAUAAUCCUAAGGUAUGCAAAACAUUGCUAUUCUACAUUUUCAAAUUAGUUUCUUUCAAUGUUUGUUUUUAUUUUUUAUUUUUUAACCCCUGGUUUAAUGGUAUGCUGUCUGUCCCUGUGUGAAUACUGUGUCUUUCCCUUUCUCUUGCACUGGCUAAACCUAAACGCCUUCUUUUUUCUGCCAACCACAGCUGAUGCGAUGACUAUCUUAACUGAUAACGAAUAAAUAAAUAUAAUAUUUAAACCUG